UCUGUCAUCAAAAGAAUCAAACAAAACCGCAGACGCCGCCUUGGAAAUCGGACGCUGAAUCAGAAAAGUUGACCGCAAAAGUUUAAAUUAUUUGGUGAAAACUGCAGAUAAACAGCUUAAAAAUGGUUGAAGCAAACGGAAUUGAGCUGACCGAACAGGAAGCUGAGUUGUACGAUCGCCAAAUUCGUCUGUGGGGAUUGGAUUCCCAGAAAAGAUUGCGAGCGGCUCGUAUUUUGAUUGCCGGUGUCAAUGGUUUGGGAGCGGAAAUAGCCAAGAAUGUGAUUUUAUCCGGUGUGAAAGCCGUGACGUUGUUGGACGAUCAGGUUGUGAAGGAAGCUGACUUCUGUUCGCAAUUUUUGGCUCCCCAGGAUUCUUUGAGAACGAACCGUGCGGAAGCUUCUUUGUCUCGGGCUCAGCAGCUGAAUCCAAUGGUGGAGCUGAAGGCGGAUACCGAAGAACUGCCCAAGAAGACGGACGAUUUCUUCAAGGGAUUCGAUGUGGUGUGCGUUAUCGGUGCUAAUACGGAACAGUUACUUCGCAUUGACGGUGUAUGCCGAGAAGCCGGUAUCAAAUUCUUUGCAGCUGAUCUGUGGGGAAUGUUCGGAUUCAGUUUUGCCGAUCUACAGGAGCACAACUUUGCUGAGGAUGUCGUAAAGCAUAAGAUAGUGUCCAAACCACACGAAAAGACCAAGACUGAGUUGGUUACUUCCACGGUAAAGCGGACGCUAUCUUACCCGGCCUAUCAAGUCCUGUUGGACUUUGACUACAAGGCCCAAUCGUAUGCCAGGAAGCUGAAACGCUCAGGACCGGCACUGCCUUUGCUGCGCGUAUUGCAAAAGUUCCGCGAUGACGAGAAACGUGACCCACUGUACUCCGAGCGGGAAGCAGAUCUACAGAAGUUGCUGAAGAUUCGCGACGAAGUGGCUGCCGAUUUGAUCCCGGACAAUGCCUUCUUGCACGUUUUCGCCCAAAUCUCGCCAGCUGCGGCCAUCGUCGGUGGAGCAGUGGCGCAUGAGAUCAUCAAAACCGUCUCGCAAAAGGAAGCCCCACAUCACAAUGUGUUUUUGUUCGAUCCGGAAAGCUGCUGUGGUUUCAUCGAGUCGAUUGGCGUGGAUGCCUAAAAGGCGCUUCACUGUAAUCCGCAACGGAAAUAACUUUUAAGCCGUAUAUACUUUAAUAUCUAUCAGUAAUCUAUUCAAUAAACAUAAUGAUCUUAUUUUCACGGAACAUUCUUAACCAAACCGAAA